AUGGCUGCUAACAACUCACUGGCUGAUGAUGAUCUCUUAAACCGACAUAUCAGGUUCUUUUCUCUGCAGUUCCUGGUGACGAUUUUUCUUUCCGUCAACUUGUUGCUCAUCGUAACCUUUUUUCAAAAGGAAUAUUUCUACACAACUGCCCGCUACAUAUUAUUUGCUGUUAUGUUACUGUCUGAUAGCUUGUUGUUAAUCGUUUCUAACAUCCUUCUCAUCUUCACCCAUUUUCGUAUUAACAUUCAAGUUUGGUUAUGUAUCAUUAUCUGUGUUGUGCCACUUCUGUAUCUUACUGUAACACCAGUUACUCUGACAGCAAUGACCCUGGAGCGCUAUGUGGCCAUCUGCAUGCCCCUGCGCCAUGGAGAGCUGUGCUCCACACGCAAUACUAUGCACGGCAUUCUCAUCAUUCACGGUCUCAGCUCUGUGCCCUGCAUUGCAAUCCUUUCCACCAUCUUUGUAUCAGCAUCCCUUAGCUUCUACACAAAAUAUUGGAUGUGUUUAGUGGAGUUAGUUUUAUUACAGGCAUGGCAGCAUCAUCUUAGAUCAGCUGUAUAUCAAUUCCAGUUUUUAGUUUUGUGCAUAAUGAUUGUUUUCUCCUACAUUAAAAUAAUGAAAGUAGCCAGAGCUGCAUCAGGAGAGGAUAAAAAAUCAACAAAAAAAGGGCUCAGAACAGUUCUUCUUCAUGGUUUUCAGCUGCUGCUCUGUUUCAUCCAGAUGUGGUGUCCAUUCAUAGAUGCUGCUGUACUUCAGGUCAAUUAUGGUUUAUAUGAAAUUGUCAGGUACUUAAACUUUGUAUUUUUUUAUCUUGCACCAAGAUGUCUGAGUCCUCUCAUUUAUGGCCUCAGAGAUGAAGUUUUUUAUCAUGCACUGAAAAACGUUGCCUACCUUGGCUUGUACAAAAGAAACAAUAUGUGA